UGUGAUCAUCCGAUUAAGUUACAUGAUGGUUGAAAGAAUGAUGCCAAAUCAUCAGAGCCGCAGAACGUGGGUAGUUGAACAUCCUUUUAUUUUUUCUGACAUUGAAAGUCUUAUUUUCGUUAAUUCUUUCUUCCUCCUUUUUUAUUCUACAAAAAUUGAAUGAACAAAUGAGACGGAAGGAAGGGGAGCUUCUCUGCAGAUGGGCUCUCUCGCUUCUUGCUCCUUUUUACUUUUGUUCCUGGGUCUUCUGCAACUUUCAUCACUCAUUAAUGGCAGAAAUCUUUCUGACCCUUCUUUCACUCCUAUCAGACACGAUCUCUACCAUUCGAGUGAAGCUUUGAUUAAGGAAAUUAAGGCCUUAGUGGGUCGUCAUCCAGAGAGACUAAGCAUGGAGGCAAUUAGAACUGGAAACAAGGGCUACUAUGCAGAGGUCUUGGUAGUUACUUAUGGACAUUUUAGCAAAGAGAUCAAUGACAGUUCAAAGAUCCGGAUCCUUCUUAGUUUUGGGCAGCAUGGACGGGAGCUUAUUACCUCUGAAGUUGCAUUCAGGCUACUGUCCAUCUUAAGCGGAGAAAAAUCCAUUCCCAAGAUAGAUCCAAUUUCUUUAAACCGCACACUUGAGAAGCUUGUGAUAAAGGUGGUGCCAAUGGAAAAUCUGAGUGGCCGCAGACUAGUUGAAGCAGGAGAUCUUUGUGAGAGGAGAAAUGGAAGGGGGGUUGACCUCAAUAGAAAUUGGAGUGUAGAUUGGGGAAAGAAAGAGAAGGAUUAUGAUCCAUAUGAAGAAAAUCCAGGAGUGGCUCCCUUCAGCGAACCUGAGACCCAGAUAAUGCGGAAAAUCUCCAAAUCAUUUAACCCACACAUAUGGGUCAAUGUGCACUCUGGAAUGGAAGCUCUGUUCAUGCCGUAUGACCACAGAAACACUACUCCAGAUGGUUCGAGUUCAGACAUAAUGAGAAUGAUGCUCAAAGAUUUAAAUCAUCUUCACUGCCACGACCGUUGCUCAAUUGGGUCAGGGGGCGGCUCUGUUGGGUAUCUGGCUCAUGGGACUGCUACAGAUUACAUGUAUGACAUAGUCAAGGUGCCCAUGGCAUUCACGUUUGAGAUUUAUGGAGAUGUAGAGGCCUCAUCAAAAGACUGCUUUAAAAUGUUCAAUCCAAUUGACCUGAGCACGUUCAAUAGAGUUCUCAACAACUGGUGUGCCGCAUUCUUGACGAUUUUCCAGAAGGGGCCACACCAUCUGGGAUUCAUUUCAGGGUCCUCAGCUAAUUUACAGGAAUGGAUAUCCAUAAAUGAUUAUUUAGAUGGGUACUUGAUGGAGAGGAGCAGUAGGUACGGGAAGAAGAAGGAGGUUCUUGAGCUUGGGAUGCAGGAGAUAAGGACUUAUUUCAGGCUCUUUCUACUGUCUUCAGUGCUCUUGUUGUUCAUGUUCUGUUCUAGGAUUUCAAAGGCCAAGUAUAGUAGAUCAGUAGUUUCUGGCAUGCCAUUCUGAUUUUUUUU